AUGGAAUUCCAUCCAUUGAAUUUUGGAUUACUGUGUUCAAUUCUCCUAGCGUUGGGCUGCUUAUUGGAGGGAGGCUCUGCUUUGGGAAUUCGUACGCACAGUGGGAUGCCAGCGAGGAAGAAUCAAGUGCGCUGUGCUUUUUUGGAGAAGUUAAAGAGAUCUCGAAUAACUAAUUCAUAUGUUUCAAGUCUAAGUAAAGCUUCGUACGACACAUACAACUAUACCCAAGUUCUGGACCAUUUUGCAUUCACGCCAGAGAGCUAUCAAACCUUUCCCCAACGAUAUUUCAUUGACAAGUCCAACUGGGGCGGCGCUCAAAACAAUUCUCCCAUAUUUGUAUGGUUGGGUGAGGAACAAGACAUCACAAAUGACGUCGAGUCUAACUUCAUGAUAGACCAGGUUGCAAACUUCAAAGCUCUUGUGGUUUACAUAGAGCACCGUUAUUAUGGGACGUCAAUGCCAUUCGGAGGAGAGGAGGAAGCAUAUGCAAAUGCGAGCACAAUGGGUUAUUUCACAAUAGCACAAGCCUUGGCCGAUUAUGCGAUCGUCAUUGUCCAUUUGAAGAAAACAUUAAAUGCUGAGAAUUGUCCAGUUGUGGUUGUUGGUGGAUCCUAUGGUGGAAUGCUAGCUACAUGGUUUCGCCUCAAGUAUCCGCACAUAACAAUCGGCGCUCUCGCAUCAUCUGCACCUAUCCUUUACCUCGACGCCAUCGUUCCCACAAAUGGUUAUGACAGCGUUGUCACCGAAGAUUUAAGGGAUGCCAGCGAGAUCUGCUACAGAAGAAUUAAUGAAUCGUGGGAUAUGAUGGACAAAAUCGCGUCUACCCCGCAAGGUUUGCUAAACCUAAGCAAACUAUUUAUCUCAUUAGAAUUAAAUGAAAUUAGCGCUCCUGCUGGCACGACAAUGUUUCCGCCCUACUUCUUUGAUAUCAAGUCCUAUUCCAGGAAUUGUUACCUCAAAUAUGGAGUCGUGCCACGCCGACACUGGCUUACAACUGAAUUUGGAGGACACGACAUAAAAAGAGUGUUGAAAGACUUUGGAAGCAAUAUCAUUUUCUCCAAUGGCUUAAGAGAUCCAUGGAGCGCUGGAGGUGUGUUGGCCAAUAUUUCUGAAAGCAUCGUAGCUAUUACCACCGACGAGGGAACGCAUUGCCUAGACAUUGUUCAAAGUGCCAGUGACGAUCCAGCCUGGCCUAAAGAGCAACGACGAAAAGAGAUAACGAUCGUCCAAAAAUGGAUUAACGAUUAUAGGAACCAGUUUUAA